AUGGCGCCCCCCUUCUCCCUAUCGCCCUCCCCGCCCGACAGAGUUUCGGCUUCAAUUGCUCAGCAGCAGCACACCAAGCCGCCGGGCACAGCCGACAAUGGACUCUCGCAGUCUCUGAAACAGCUGUCCAUCUCAACCUCAUCCCCAGCGCGGCCGCCCCGGACACCUAGGUCAACAGCUCGCAGCCCUCUUAAGGCAGCUGUGAAUCGAUCCCCCAGCUCGUCGCGACCCGGAAGUGCCAUGCGUAGCCCCCUAAACUCAUCCUCCGCCUUCAACGGGACACCCUCCCGCUCCUCGUCACGUCCCGCAUCACGCUCGGCCACACCUACGUUACUAAGGAAGGCAUCAAUGAACUCUCUCCAUUCUGUCAACGGCGUUGCGCCCCCUCGUCGCUCCAGCUCUGCCAACCUCUUGUCGCCUACCCCAGCCAGGUCGCCCCUUCGAAGCAUGUCUCCCGAGGCCCCCCUAGAGAAGCCCCUCCCCACGGCCGAGUCCGUCGCGAGCGCCCACUUCCAGGCCGAGCUCCAAGCCCACCACGGCGAUGACCCGAAGCUCGCCGAGACCGUCGUAAUUCUUCACGACGCCUGCUACGGCCACCGAUUCUCGCGCCCCCGCACAUCGCGUGGCGCCCUGAGCACCAUAGUCGAGCGGCCCGAGAGGAUCAAGGCGUGUGCACUGGGCGUGUCGGCAGCUUAUGUGCGUCUCGGCGAACGCCACCAGGACGGCGCGUUCCCCAUCGGCCCCGGCUUCAGUCCCGCCUCUCUGCCCUCGGUGCCCUUCCAGAUUCACAAGACGACGCGGCGGCUGUCUCUGUCGUCGCAAACCGUCACCAACGUCCACGGGGUCAAGUGGAUGGAAGAGCUGAAGAACAUGUGCGACUCGGCCGAGGCGAAGCUGGCUGCAAGUGGGAAAGAGCUCCAGCGCCCCGACAUGGACCGGGGCCCCAACGCCGAGGCCCCCCACAAGUUCCACGAGGGCGACCUCUACCUGUGUUCCGAGUCGUUGAAUGCCCUCGAGGGUGCGCUCGGAGGCGUCUGCGAUGCCGUCGACGCCGUCUUCAGGCCCCAGGGGCCGAGGCGAGCAUUUGUCGCGAUUCGGCCACCCGGCCACCACUGCUCUGCGUCGUACCCGUCGGGCUUCUGCUGGAUCAACAAUGUCCAUGUCGGCAUCAUGCACGGCAUCCUGAGCCACGGGCUGACCCACGCCGCCAUUAUCGACUUCGACCUGCACCACGGCGACGGCUCGCAGUCGAUUGCCUGGCAGCACAACGCGCGGAGCGUCGGCCUGGCCAAGAACGCCGCCUGGUGGAAGAAGACAUCGAUUGGGUAUUUUAGUCUGCAUGACAUUAAUUCGUAUCCGUGCGAGAUGGGCGACGAGGACAAGGUUAGGAACGCGAGUAUCUGCAUCGACAAUGCGCACGGCCAGAGCAUCUGGAAUGCCCACCUGCAGCCCUGGAAGACAGAGGCUGAGUUUUGGGCACUGUACGAGUCCAAGUAUGCCGUCUUGCUCGACAAGACGCGUGACUACCUCAAGGGCCAGACCGAGCGCCUCCGCGCUGCUGGUCUGAACUCGAAGGCCGCCAUCUUCUUCUCGGCAGGCUUUGAUGCGAGCGAGUGGGAGAGCGCGGGGAUGCAGCGACAUAACGUAAAUGUGCCCACCGAGUUCUAUGCGCGCCUGACUCGUGACGUAGUCCGGAUCGCGGCCGAGGAGGGCACGAGCGUCGAGGGCCGCAUUGUCAGCGUCCUCGAGGGUGGCUACAGCGACCGCGCCCUCUGCUCGGGCGUCUUGAGCCACCUCUCAGGCCUAGCGGGAGACGGGCCAUCGUCCAAGGAACAGGACUUCAACGGCCUCGGGUACGAGAUGGGCCAGAGGAUCGGCUCGGUGCGCGGCCGCGGGCGCAAAGACUCGACUGCGAGCGAGCGUGGCUCCCGCCGGUACGAACCUUCGUGGUGGUCUGCCGCCGAGCUCGCCCAACUCGAGAGCACCGUGUCUCCCCAACUGGAGGAGCUGCCAAAGAAGCCCCGGACCGGCACGCCGCCCACCUACUCAUCGCCGACACAAUCUUCGAGUGCCAAAGCCGUGUCAUCUAGGGUCCGCCGCGCGUCUGGUCUAUCGCCCGGAGGUGGCCUGUUGCCCGUAUCUCGACCUCCGUCGCCCCCUCCUCCAGAGGUUCCCUGGACUGUUGCGGCGCACGAGUUGAGCAAGCUCCUUAUUCCGAGUAGGCGCCAGACGGACAGCUGCACGCACGAAGACUUGAAUGCCGAGGCCACCCGAGCCCGGCGUGACCGCCAGUCUCUCCUGGCCCAGUCGCAGGGUGCACCCCCUGGCAGCACUGCUCACGCUUCCCAGGCCGAGCGAGCCCCCACAAGGAUGAGUCUAAGAGAGCGCAAAACGAAGCCACCGCUACCAGUAGACGAAGAGGACGCCGAGGAAGACGGCAAGGGCAGACGGAAGACAGUAGCGGGGCCAUCGGUUCUGUCCAUCGAGAAAGCAGUGUCACGUGGAACAACCCCUGUUGCCCCUAGACAGCAGCCACGACAGUCUGGCCGGCGGCUUAGUGCGGCGUCGACCAUCGUGUCUGAGAGCGUGGAGUCUGUGUUGCCAGGUCCCGGGCAUGCAGCCAUCCGUAACAUUUCGAGGCCAGACACUGCGCGAAGCGUCAGGCCCGAGUCGUCAAUAAGUGUCAGGACCACUCUCCCUGUGAAGAAAACGCGCGCCCCGGCAAAGAAAGAAACCGCUCCCCGUGCCCCAAGAGUCCCGAAGAAACUCCCUGGUGCGGUCAAUACGGGAGCCACAAUUGUAGCCAAAGCAAUUCCUAGCACCACCACACCUACGAACGGCGCUUCCAGUCCUCUCUCGACCAACCAGGCUGGCGACCCAAUGGACCAGUUGGCAAAUGAUAUGAAGAAGGUCAAGAUCACCUUGGUCACAAAGGCUCAGCGAGAGGCCAGAGAGCGUGAGCGGAUUGCAAAAGAGAAAUCCAUGCAAGCCGGCACAGUGACAGUUCCGACCCCUUUCGAGGAAAACACGUCUCUCUCUAAGGCCGAGUAUCAACCUGCUUUCCCCUCGUCGCCGUCGGAGACUGUAAUAAACACCCCAACGUCGACCCCGCCUGCAGCUUAUAAGCCUACUGAGUUGGACGUUGGUCCUCUGACUCCAGGUCCGACCCAGACGCAUACGCUUCCGCCGGCGUUUGCCCCCCAGCGCAUUCCGCUCCCAGCUAGCUCUCCGAUUCCGGCGAGCCCUGCUCGGACUCCCAUCUGGAAUCCUACCCGGAGCCCCACCCGGGACGCUCCACCGCCUAGCAAUGACGUCUUUAUCGCCUAUCAGCCCGAAGGCCCAACCCCUCCUUCGGCAGCCUUCCCGCCAUCCCAGCAGCCCCUCCAGUGGUUGCCGCCCAACAUCUCCUCCACCCCGAACACCGCCAUGCGCCGUGCCGACCUCCCUGUCUUUACCGCCACCUCGGCCAUCCCGUUUGCUGUUUCACGUACUGCGACGCCCGCCGAGGCUGCUGCCCCGCCGCCCGUGUCACGGCCUCAUGAUUCCGUCUGGGAGGUUCCCGAGGCACCGUAA